AUGGAGGGAGCAAGUGCUGCACUCGCGUUUGUCCAGCUCGGCUUGAGCAUAGCGACUACUCUGAACACUUAUAUCGCCGACGUGCGUCAUGGUCGCGGUGACAUCGCGGACCUCGCCAACGAAAUCGAAGCGACCGUCUUGCACGCGCAGGAACUCGACAAGCUCAUCAAGGAAGAUGAACUGACUGCGCGAUGGAGUGAGAAGGGGCGUGACCUCGCUAACAAGUGUCUCACUAACUGCCGCAAUGUGAUCAAGAAACUGUCCGAUCUACUUCGCCGAUCCGGGGGUACCGCCUCGGGGAAGGUGCUGAACGGUGCCGAUGAAGCCGAAUCCAACGAUACCAAAUCACUCAUCUCGUGGACGGAUAUUGACAUGUCGAAUUUCAAUCGUCUUUAUUGGCCGUUGUUGAAGCCGCAACUGAAGUGCCUCAAGCAAGAGUUGUACGAUAUUAAGCUCAGUAUCUUGCUCGCGGUGAAUACAUAUCAAAUCAAUGCGACUCAAAAGACCGAGGAACGAAAAGUGAUCGCUAAACGAAUCGUCGCUCUCUGGAAAUCGCGUACAAUCGCCCGUCGCCAGUUAGUCGUUUUCCAGCGACAUCUCGAGACCCCCUACGACGACUAUUAUCGACCAAACCAUCGAAAGCCAAGGCAGCGAGACGAGGCUAGAGCGGAAGAGAGGGGAAUUCCGGAGCCAGACUCAGAGAAGGCCGAGCCACCGCGUGGUCGAGAAAGAAGUUUGUCGACGUCGAGCCUCUCUGAUGAUAGUUCCUCGAGAGGCUACCCUCACCGUCAACGAUCGUCGGAAUCUGUUCGCGAACAGAUGCCUCGCCGGCAACGAUCUGUCUUGCAGGACGUAUAUCUCGGCCGUCAUACACAUCGCUCCCCACCAGAACGCAAUGGGCUCCCAUUUGCGCCCGAUCCGGAAUACGUGAGCGAGUGGAAAUCCAAAGGACGGCAGAUCCUCGACUACGCGCUAGGAUUUGUGCUUGCCUCUGGCGAGGAUGCCACUGGGACGUGGCAAAACCUGAGUCACCUAUGGGAUUCGUAUAAGACUAAUCCAGCGGCACUCAAGAGUGUUUUGAAUAAAGUUGUCACGGCAGUUCCCUCCAAACCCAAGAAUACCCUUCCAUUGGUUUUAAGAGACCCCGAAUCACCAAAUGGCACUGCUUUCACCUGGUCGCUUCUCAUUUCCAAAAGAUCCGUGGCACACGCCGUCGAGCCCAUCAACUAUCCGCUUGAACUUUUAUCCAAACGCUUGCUACGCGAGGAACGGAAAUUCAAUCGGUCGGGAUCGCUAAACCUGCAAGCCUACAACACGCUUUCCACUCUUCCAAUGACAUAUCAGAAUAUGAUAACAGAUUGGCUUCGUCCGAAAUCAUCUCGUUCCUUCCACUGGGAACUGUUGAUUUUGGAUCCAGCAUACGGAGCAACUGAAGAGAACUCUAGCCGACGAAAGCGCCUUGCUCAAAGGUUCCGCCGCACAACAGCAGGAUCAGACGCUCUCGGUGAGCCAACGAGUGUUCUUGCCGUUUUCAAACGAUGCAUGAAGCCGGAUGCUGAAACGUCGUCCCUUCGAUCUAAUUAUCGACCCUCAUCCGCCUCCUCCCGUCGAGCUCGGAGAAAGCGCAAAAUGCAACAGAUAGCAACCACCUUGAUGGGAGCGCUAGCUGCAUCAACUCACAUAGACAAAAGACGGUCAUCCCGGGAGAAUCAGGACUCACGCUCGCCCAGAGCCUGCCAGCGCCGUCGUCGGGGUUUCUUUCCCAGGUCUCUCAGUCGAGGAGGGUCUACUCGUAAUCAUUGGAGACACAGACAAGAGCCAAAGACUGGCCAGGUCUACGAGAUGUUUGAGACUGAAGAGCCUCCUGAAGCAGAUGACAGCCCAAAUGAUGAUCUCGCCGAAAAGAUUGUGACUGAGUAUACGGGUCGUGGUGCUCGGUUCAAUGGCACUACUGAUGGGUCUAGGCCGAAUCGUGUGCGGAGUGAGACAAUGAGUGACACUCCGACGGCAAAUGGAGAUCCGCCUUUUUGA